GACUCUUCUUUUCUCCUAGGAAAAGGGUGCGCCCUGCACUGUUACACGCAUUGCACGCUAACUUGCUUGAGCACUUUUUAUUUGGGCCAUCUAAAGCCUGGCACAGAAUGAGAUUCCCUGAAGUCAAUGAGGGGAGGAAAUGUUCAGCCUGAAAUUUCCCUAUUUAUAUCAGCUGAUGGGUUCUCAUUUUGGUUUAUAGUAGUUCUGUAUUUGGUCCAGAAACUGAACUUCAUGGUGGGACAUUUGGCAAUCAUUGCCCUUCUGAGCGAGACCUUUCUCUCCUGCUAUUGUGAAGUUCCCAGUCUGAAACCACCCAGCAUAUGGAGAAGAAAAUCUGUUUCUUGCUCUCUCCUGAUACAUUAUGGAUCAGGCAUUGCCGUAAGACAGGCUAGCUACUGUUUGCCUUCCUACUGCAAAUAAAUACUGAGUCCACAGAGAAGAACAAUAGGAAUAAAAAUGAAAAAAGGGUAGUGGCACAAAGGCUAAGCAUAGAUGUUUAUUUAGGCAAACCUGCAGGGUUAAAUUACUCUUCUCAGAGUCCCAGCGGUAUAAUACUAUGCUGUGACUAGUUGCAGCAUCAUUUUCUUCUUUCUUUGGAAGAAUAAUGCAUGGCACGAGAGGACAUGCAAGUGUUCCUGCAUACAGAGGGAGACUCCUCCAGAGCUAACUGCUCAUAUGACAUGCACAAGAAUUUAUGUGAGAAGACAUUUUGGUGCAAGGAGCUGUCAGAAAAGUCUUGUCCAGUCUUAGCCUUGAGUUCCCCUUUAAAAGAAAGGAUCAACCUUAACCAUGCACCGCAUCACUCAGUUGACCUGAUAGACUUUGGACGUAGUAGGUUUUCUGUGAUCAUGACAGCACACCGAAGGUAGAACUCUGGCACGUAUCCGUGUAGGGUGUGGGGUGAUCUGAAGAAUAUUGUGCUGCAAAGGAUACAGGUGAUGGUUUCAUUUGAGGGCGAGCUAUGAGAUCAACAGUGCACCAGGUGGGAGACAGCCAAAAUAAAUCAAGAAUGACGUGUCAUUUCCAUUUUUGUUUCACAGCAAAAGAUGGUAGCUAGAGAUAGAGAUCCCACUAGAGGUUAUCAAAGACAGAGUAAAACUCUUGUUAUAUAGUUCAACAUAGAACCACAAUAUGUAUCUAGAGCUAGAAGUGGCCAGGAAGUUAUUUUUGCCAUAUGAAAUAAAAAAGUUUCAAAGGAAAAAAAAAAUUGUAUGGAUUACCAUAAAAAAUUAACACAAUUUUGUAUGAUUGUAUCAAUUAAAAAAAAAUGGUUUUGGGACAGAAAUAUUCAAAGUCAGCUGAUGAAAUCCAAAAAACAAAACUUGCUUUUGCACAAAAUUUUCCAUUUUGUUAAAAGUGUUUUACAGUCACAGAAACCUUUCACAGAGCAAAGCUUUGAUAAUUCAUGUAGAAGACCGGCGAGACAGUGCAACAUCAUCUUAAACUUGAACGUAUGUACGAGGCAUAAGAAAUAUGCUGAGGUAGCUUCAUGUCCCAGCACCUGGGGAAUUUGACAGCAAUAACAACCCUGGAACCUGAGACAGCCCACGUUUGGGAAGGGCAGCAGGAAUCCAAAUUUCCCAUUUGGCACCCCAGCUUCAUCUCUAGUGACCACUCUCAUCAGACUGGGGCUGCUUAUUUCCUUGUCUUCUGCAAGUUCUCUUUGUGCUGAUGUUAGCUUUGCUCCUUCGUUGGGUGAGAUGUACCCCACCAUGGGGACUGGUUUUUCCUGUCUUCUCCCUCUAAUGAGUCACCACUCCGUUUUCUUCAGAGUUUGUAAGGCUAUUUGCAAAAAAAGGGAACAACUUGUCCCUCCAUUGCUCCUAUUCUGUGAUAGCCAACAUCAGGAAAUUUCCAACAUUUUAUUUGGUGCAAAAUGGUGUCCUGAAUUAGAUGUCAACCUAUUAUCAGAGGUAACUCUGAUCAAAGUAUCAUUAAAGUAGGAAGGACUGAAAUGAUGAAUGACUUCUCGUGGAAAAUGAUUAGUGUGUGGCUGAAAAAGCUCCAACUUAAUGACUCAGGAGAAUAUAAUCUUGAGAGCCAUAUCCAGGGGAGAAACAAACUACUGAAUAGGAUCAUGCUGGAAGUUUUGGGGGAAAAUUGGAAAUGGGAUGCAGAUUUACACACCAUUUCACUUCCCACUGAGAAGGGGGACGUUGCCAACCCCACAGAUGACAGCAAUAAGGAUCAGAGGACUCUCUAUGGUCUCAUAGUGCUGAGCUCCUUCCUGCCUACAACUGCUCUGAUUGCUACUGUUAUACUCCUUGUCACCAUUUACAUCAGAAGGAAAAGGGCAGCAGGAAAAGGGACGGACUUUGGCGGACAUCCUUCUUUCAGACAAGCAGCACUGCAGAGCCACAGAAGAAACAAAGCAAGCAGAAUGCUAGAAGGGGAACUGAAUGAUGCUACAAUAUACGCUGUCAUAAGGCACCAACCUCAGCCAAAGCCUGAAGACGUUAUAUAUGUCAACAUGCAGCCUUCACCACAAGUUUUCUUCCACGUUCAAGAACCACCAGGCAAUUCAGUCUCCCCAGGGCCUGUGGAAUAUGCUACUGUUAUCUUCAGAGCCACAACUCCACAUUCUGGAACUGAAAAAAACAGGCCCACCUAAACAACGCAGUAUGAAGCCUCGGGCUUAUUCAUAGAAUUUUGCUGAACUGCACUUAGAAACAAUUCAUUUGUAACCAAUUACUGAAGUUGGAUGCAUAGGGGGUGUGAGGCAGGAAGCAACUGAAAGGAUGAGGCGCACGGAUGCACAAACCUUCCCUGAAAAAAAUAACUGCGCUUUUCCAAUAGUACAGCAGCACAAUUUAGCUAUUGGUAAGCAAAUCUAGUAGAAAGCUAUGGUACAUUUGCUUUUUCCAAAUUGCUCUAUUUUUAAACGACAGGCAACUAUAAACCCAAAUGCAGGAAACUAGUUCUCUCUGGUAGCAACUGAUACAGUGCAAGUCAACAAAGGGCUGUGAGAUAUGGGAACAUGAUGCUUCCUUUCAGACUUUCUUCAACAGCUCGCUUAAAUACUCAUAUAUAAAAUGUUAAUUAUUGCCCACUCUGAUAAGAUCCAAAUCAGCAACGUGGUAAAGAAUCUGCUUUAAACAUAUGAGUUGCUUCAUGGACUUCAGAGAGACAAGUAAUGCACUUGGCAUGUUUUAGUAAACAAGGGUCUUGUUGAAAAAUAUUUGUCUACCUUAUAGUAUAAACCAUCUUCAGCUUGAACACAUGGGUAUAGAAUUUACACCCAAAGUUAUUUAUUUAUACAAAAAAAUAACUUUGUCUUUCACUGCCUUUGGUGCUUGUUGUUUCUUAAUGCCACACAAUACAGUACAAAUCUAACAUGACUUUAUUUGAAAUUACACACAUUUUGAUCAAACAACUGAAUCCUGUUAUCAUGGUGAUAUGCACAAACACCCCAUUAUGGAUCAUGGAUAAAUCCCAGAGUUCAUCUGACUGAGAUUUUUGUCUUAAUUCCGUGAGUUAGAGCCCAAGGAUGCCUAAUCUGAUAUAAAAAUGGGUUUAGCUUUUUGGUAUUAAGAUUGCAAGAAGACUCCCCAACCUAGGAGCUGGGUGGCAUGGGAGGAAAGGAAUGCGAAAAGGCGGAGAAUACACCCAUCAACCUUAUAAACUCCCUCCGCCUGUGAGUGCUUUUACAAUUCUGAAGCAUGGGGAAUAGAGACAGAUGGGAGAGAAGAAGGAAAUUCUGUUGUCUGCUCUGAUGUGGCUACAUAAUAGCAGACUUUUUGCCAUUAUAUCUGAGAUUAUUUUGUCCCUCUAUCACAAAUUAUUUAAAAACAAAGCUAGAAAACCCCCAUAAUAAUAGCUAAAGAAAUCAAUUUCUGUCUUCCCAAACAGGUUUGCAUGACUGUAUUAUUCACUUCCUGUCCCAGCUUCCCACUUCUGUUCUUGCAUACUGUUAUUUCCUUUUUUUCUCUCUUUUUUUUUUUCUUUUUUUCUUUUUUUUUUUCUCUCAUUAUUACUGCAUUGACCACGUCUGGAAAGAAUUAGUGACUGACACCCUUGUGCUUUGGGUCAUUUUUGAGAUGUCAAAGGCAUUGGUGUGGAGACCAUACACAACCAGAAAGGUUAACAUAAGCCUCAAUAUACAAAUGCAACACCUUAUUUAGCCUGUUUGACUCUUUGAAAACACCUAUUUGCAUGCAUAAAUUCCUCAUCUGGGUGGAACGGCAUACACAGUGAAAGGUCUGGGGGCCUCAGAUCCUAAAGUAAUAGAAGUUAAAUAACUAGCUUGAUAGAGACACUGGGAUACACUUCUGUCUGCCUACAAAGCUAAAGAUAAUCUGCUAUCAUAUGAUGAAUUUGAGAGUGUUUCCAGGGAUGUUUCUAUGGAUGGCAUCAGUCCUCUGUCGUAAAAAUGUAACUGCCUGAUUUAAAAUAAAAGACACAAUAAACAUUCUCAAA